UUUUCUUCUUCGAGAUCUAGAUUUUUCCAUGACUAGUAAAUAAGGUUUACGUCGUAUGUCGCAUCCUACUCAAGUUCAAAGUGUAUUGACAGUAGGUAUUGUACAAUUGACAAUGUCAACACAUGCAAGGAAAACCCAAGCCAUAGAUUCCUUGCAGACUUAACUAAUGAAGACAUAAUUAAAGAUUUUUGAACAAUUAAACGCAUUGGAAAAUUAGUGCAAAAUGGUUGUGAACGUGUGUAUUAUCAUAGCAUUUUGCUUGAUCUUCAUUUGGACAGUUUUAGAUAAUCGGCAACGUAAAUCGGAUAAUCGUCCACCAGGACCACUAAAAUUUCCGUUCAUUGGGAACCUACUAUUUAUGCUUCCAGCCGUCCUGGAUUUUUCAAAACUAAAGUCCAUUUUUAAAAUGGACCCCGAAUUUUCUGAAAAGUAUUUAACCUACAAACCAGCUUACAUAGUUUUCCACGAAUUGUCCUCCAAGUACGGACAUUUGACUAGUUUACAAUUUGGAGUAAACUCUGCAGUCGUCGUUAGUUCUAGCAAAUAUGCAAAAGAAGUAUUUUGCAGAGAAGAGUUUGCUAAUCGGUUUGCCGAUGGGUGGUUCCUAGAAAGACAGUUUGGAAAGCCCUUGGGUCUCAUUUUCAAUAAUGGAAAGUGUUACCGGUCCCUCAAAAUGUUUACAAUGAAGCACCUGAAAGAUUUCGGGUUAGGAAGGAAAGAAAAUAUGGAAAUCGCAGUUGAAGACGAACUGAUGAAUUUUCUUCACGAGUUCCAGAACAAAAUACAGAACGAGGGAACCCUUGUUGAAAUUCAUCAUACAUUUACACUUCCGGUAUUAAAUGUCAUAUGGUUGAUGGUUGGAGGGAUAAGAUUCUCUUACAACGACAAAAAGAUGCACCGACUAAUUACCAUUGUGGAAGAGAUUUCCAGAACCCACGAUUUAGGAGGAAAUAUUCUAAUGGCAUUUCCAAAUUUGAGAUUUAUUGCUCCUGAACUUACUGGUCAUAAUCAUCAAAUGAGGUUGUAUGAUGAACUCAAGCAAUUUUUUUGGGAAUUAUUAAAUGAACGGAUGCAAGAAGAACAUGACGAUUACGUCGGCCCCAGGGAUUUCGUCGACGUAUUUGUAUCUGAGAUCAAGAAGCAAAAAGAUUUGCCUUCUCCAGAUAAAUUAUUUACUGAGGAACAAUUUGUGAUUGUUUGCAUGGAUCUCUUCACGGCUGGGUCAGAGACCACAGCAAAUACGCUAGAGUUCGCCUUGCUGUACGUCAUGUUGAAUUUAAGAGUACAAAAUAGAGUUCAGGAAGAAAUUGAUGAUAUUAUUGGUCAAAGUCGAUUGCCCAGUAUGCAGGAUCGCCAAAGGAUGCCCUACACGAAUGCUACUUUAUUAGAAGCUCAGCGAAUGUGCAAUGUCAUCCCGCUGGUUCAUCGUGUCGCAACUAAAGACACGAUGCUAGGCCCUUAUAAGGUCCUGAAGGACGAAGUUCUUGUUAUUAAUUUGCACACGAUCCACAAAGAUAACAAAGUUUGGGAAGACCCAUUAGUUUUCAGACCAGAGCGAUUUCUGGACGAAAAUGGAAAUUUUAUAAAUCUCGAGUUCUUGCUUCCAUUUGGAAUGGGGAAGCGUGUGUGUAUGGGCGAAGUUUUGGCAAAGCACACUCUAUUCACUUACUUUACGUCCAUUCUUCAACGCUACAGUUUUCAAGUUCCUGCCGGUCUGGCUGUUCCCAAGCUUAAAAAUAUUAAGGGCUUCACAAAUGCUCCCGAGCCAUUUACAGCGCUGGUGACUCCACGUUAACAUUGUGAAUAUACGCAUACGUUUAAAUAAUACGUACGAAAAUAUUAUGCCCAAUUUGUUACAAUUUUUUAUUAUUUCCAAACUAUUUGGCGAGUUAAAAACAUGUGGAUUAAUGUUAAUAUUAUCAUAUCAGAUUAUACAUAUCAUAUCAUACGGAGACAGUAUUCCUACAUAUUUGUAUAUAGACUACAGAAAUAUCCAAACGUUAUUACAUUAUCAUUACAUUAUUAUUAUUACUGCAGACACAUUUAGUACGCUAAAAUGUCUUGAUGCUCCUUGUAAAAAUAGGCAUUCAAUGUAGCACAUGGAAAGUAUAAAACAACAAUAAAAACAGUAACAUUG